AUGCAGCAAGCUAGACCCAAACCACCUGUGACCGUACCAUCGACGCCGUCGCCUUGGAACACGGACACGCCGAUUGAUGAACGGUAUUUCGGUGCCCAGGAAGCCAAGGUCGCAAUCCAGAAUGCUCUCAAGUCCCAUACCCCUCCCAUUUUCCCCCAGGGCUCAAAGCAGUCGCGGGCUAAACAAGACCCCAGUCCGGGCAAGAUAAAGUAUUUUUCUCGUCAGCAGCCCGACGGCGAGCAAACAGGCACAUGGAUCAAAACGUCCCAGAGCGAUCCCCAGCACAUCUGCAUUUGGGGUGACCCAAGCGGAGUUGCUGAAGCAAAACAACUGCUCCGUAAGCAGCUUUCUAAGCCAGUGACUGCGUUCUACCACAGCCCCUUCAAAAAGCCCAUUCGCCUCUCUCGCCAUUCACUCCCUGCGCUUCUCCCAACCGGGCCCCAUCCAACAGCACAGAAGCCAUUUGGGCCACCCCCGAUCCAGCCUAUCCAGCCAAAGGGCACGUCUGAGUCCAUCCUGGAGCUCCGGAAAGAGCCUAGGAACACAAAGGCCUCUUACAAGUUGAUGUUCUACUGGCCCAAAGAUGGCCCAACUCUCCGAGCAACCUUUGGGGAAGAGCUUGAGCGGCUCGAUGGUCUUCGACAACAACUCGGAUGCCAUAUCUUUGUCACCGACGAUCUGAAGGACUUCCUCUGCGUGUCCAGCGAUCAGCACAUAUCUCUUGAAAAGAUCGCGAGACUCCUCCAAGGGGAGUGGAAGAAUGCAUUCGCUAAAAGUGAUACCCGUGUCAAAGCCUAUCUUCUUGAGCCCCCUAGAAACAUGGAAGCCGCCGAAAGAGUGGCUGUUCAGCAUCAGAAAGGCAAUGAGAAGACCAUUCCGAGCCCCUAUGGCAAAGAUCCAGAACACAACCCAAAGGAGAAAGCACAGCAGGGUCUCAUUGAACUCCAAAAUAAGAAUCGCAGAUUGCUCCGAGACAGCCUCCACAAAUGCCUUGGCCUUAUCCAAUACACCAAGGGCAACAUGAGGAUGCGUGUUAAGUUCGGCACAUUCGUCCUUGAGAAAUUCAGGAAAAUAGGGAAAGAAGCCUCGGUCUAUCGCUUCGGUGAAUUCGCUGAUAUGAUUCUUGAUGACCGCUGUCAAGGACAUCUUGUACCUGGCUUGGAAAUCCGCCCAGAGAUACUUCUGAAACGAUGCAUCGACUCUCCCAACUUCCUGGAGCUCAAGGGCGGAAACCUCGCCUCUCUCAAAUCGAUUCCCACUACGCAGUCGGCUAGCUUCGAAUUCCUCGGAAAGAAAAACACUCCGGCAACUAUCCGAUUGGAAAUCAACUUCGGCGACGGGAGUACGGGCGCAGAGCUUUCGGCAGGCCAUACCCAGUGGCUCACAAUCCCCGCAAAUCGAGAGGCAGCGGCACAGCGACUGCCCAUGCAACUGUGCCGUGUCGACUUUGAUAGAUGCGACUGGCAAGUCGGAAUCGAAUUCUUCGACAUUCUCGAAGAAGACAAGAUCAGCCCCGAGCAGCGAUACUUCGCCGAGACCGUGAAGCAGGAGCCGGGGCGACGCGAAGAGUCGCUGACAUCGACGCCCGGCCGACGCAUCUCCUUCAUUGAUCACGUACCCAUCUCCCGUUUCAUUCAGAAGAGCGCGGUUCAGCUCCAAGUCAAAGGCACCAACUAUGUGCUGGAGCUGGCUCGGUAUGAAGAAUUCACUCGCUCUCCUGACUUCGGUAAUCGGUGGUUCGCACCAAAGGUGUGUUGGGGAGCAACUCUCUACAACCCAGAGUGGGACCAGGCUCUGGGCCGCAAAGAUGAGCAACGCAGUGGUGGUCUUCAGAAAUUCUUCCCGCCCCUCAAGGGCAAGAGCCGUGAAUGGGAUGACUCGGGCUACCAGGAGUUUCUGCGGGUGGUGAGGGCAACAGCAACAAUGCUGGGCAUUGGUGGGGACCCCAAUUCGGGAUAUGGGCCAGGGAUGCUCCGGAUCCUAACAGGAGAUCUGGGGACUUUCUUCUGA